CUAUGUGCUGUCACAAACCGAAAACACACGUGCGUAGAAAUCAUAUGCGUGCUGUUGCGUUUCAGGUUUCAAUUAAAAACUUGUUAAAUAGCUUAUUUAUAACGUUAACCAAACAAUGGCAGAUUCUUUAGGUUCGGUGAUGCUUCCUAGCAUGAAAAGGCGUCAGAAAAAUUUAUGCCAAGAGGGGCUCAUACCAGGCCGGCGCCCAUAUUACUUAGAUCAAAACUCAAUUGGGCAACGUAUGCUUGCGAACCUGGGAUGGUCGCAAGGCAAAGGUUUAGGCAAAAAUGAAAACGGAAUAACUGUACCCGUAUCGAAUAAGUUAAAACUCGAUACCAUGGGGGUAGGUUUUACUGGCGUAAGAGACGACCUGUGGACGCAGCACGAUGCAGAUUUCAACGAUCUGCUUCAACGAUUAAAUGGCGAGGAAGAUGUCCCUGCCGACACUGAGAUCGAUCCAAAGUCUCAGCUACAGUCGCUCGAGCAGAAGUCGAAAAAUUCCCGCGUACGUGUACACUACAACAAAUUUACGCGCGGUAAGGAUCUAAGCCGGGCGAACGAGAAAGAUCUUGCCAGCAUUUUUGGCAAACGUGCGGUGGCAGAUAAGCCGGUCGAACCGUUGGAGAAUGAUUCGUCCCAAAAUGAUAGCGAUGAUGAUUCACAAACAGCGCGGCCAAUUUUGGGUUUGUCCACAAUCAAGGCAAGUGUCUCGAUGCACGAGUAUUUCCAAGAGAAAAUGAAACAGAAAAAACUAUCCACUAAUGGGUCUGGACAUUGCAAUGGGCCGCUGGCAACAACCGAAAAAGAAGCGGAAAAAGAUCCUGCUGCCGAGGAGGAACAUUCUUCGGCCGGCACUGAGAAGCGUAAGACGAAGAAAAAUAGGAAAAAUGGAAAUGAAACCGGGGAGGUUGAAGAAGAACAAUUAUCAGCCGAGAAGGAUAAGUGUAAAACGAAGAAAAGUAAGAAAAAGUAUAGCGAAAUCGAGGAGUCUGAACUGGUGGUUCCGGUAGAGGACACUGCAAGUGAAGAAGUUUCGCAUAAAAAAUCAAAACGGAAAAGGGAGAAAAUGGAACAAACCGUGAACACAAUGGAGGAAGUUCCGCUUGAAGCGGAAAACACGAUAAAAAAGAAGAAAAAAUCCCAUAAACAAAUCGCAGAUCCGGAACCGGAUGAAACACCUGAAGUCGUACAGGUAGAACAAGCUGUAGAGGUUUCUGCCAACGAUCCGGAGGAACCGGCGAAAAAGAAGAAAAAGUCUAAAAGAUCUAAAUCCGUUGUUUCCGCCGAGACUAACGAUAAUGCAGAACCGAUCGAGGAUAAUAACGUUCCAGAUACGAACGAAACGGCUCCGAUAGAUUCGUCUGAACCAGUAAAGAAAAAGAAAAAAUCGAAAAAGAGUAAAGUAAAAUCGGGUUCCAGUGAGGAUGAUAAUGGUACCGUCGGGACGGAAUUAAAAAGCACCGAACAAAUCAACGACACUGCACACGAUUCUGAGGGUAAGGAUAAAAGUAAUACAGAGCAACACUCCACAGUGCAGCUUUCUGCAUCUGCCGGUUCGUCCGAAUCUUUGAAGAAGAAGGAGGAGGAAGAGGAGUUGACCUGUAAAGUGAAAGUCGACGUACUCAAGUACCUUGACGAAACCCGCUUCGCUGGCUCUAAUUUUGCCAAUAUUAUCGGUUACAGAUUAACAGAAGAGGUAAAGCUUGUGAAAAACAACAGCCAGAGGACGGGAAUUAGGUAAAACCGUUAGUGCUAAUCGGCUAAUCACGUUUGGAUAGCAAAAUGGGUGGAUUGAAUUAAGCUUUUCUAUCAAAUUCAGGCACGAUAGCAUACCAAACUGAUGGAAUAGGAAACGAAUUGAAUGGGCAUCAGAAUAAAUAAAUAUUUUAUUCAUUAUUCGAAUCAACA